AUGGCGACAGUUAUUCGGAUACACUUCAAAAGGAAAGGCGCGUGGCCGGCAGCCUACCCGGCUCCUGUUUGGGAGGAGAUCCCUUACGCACGCGAGCAGGGCAAUCCAGACGAAACCUGCAACAACUAUGAAGCCAAAGCUCAAAUAAGAUGUGAGCCGUUUAACCAGUGCGGGACUUGCUCCUUCUUCAGGUGGUGUUCCAACGUGGAAAACUACACCGCGUGGAAAGUGGGGGAUUAUGGGAAGGUUUCCGGACGAGUCCGCACGAAAGCUGAGAUCUACAAAAACGGGCCAAUCAGGCAAGGCUUCGACCUCAGAAGCACAUAUGAUAUGGAGCAGAGGCCUGGAGGCGUGUUUGCUGAGCCUCAUUACCUCCCCGUCAUGAACCACAUCAUAUCCGGGGCUGGCUGGGGGGCUGAGGACAGCAUCGAGUACUGUAUAGUCCGCAACUCCUGGGGAGAGUUUUGGGGUGAGGUAGGUUGGGCCUGAAUUGUCACCAGCUCGUAUAAGGGAGGUAAAGGGGAGCAGCAUAACCUUGCCAUGAAGGAGGACUACACGUAUGGAGACCCCGUAGUGGCUUAA